CCUUCAGCUGCGGCUUCGGCGCUUCUCCGAGUCUCCAGUUGACACAUUCGCCGGCUUUGAAAUGGAAUUGUUGGCAGUCUGGUUGGAUAUCCAAGGUGGUUGGAUAUUCGAGACUUGCGCUAUGCAAUCAAUCCUCUAGCCUAUCAAGAUGAAGGUAUUGCAGCUCCGGCAAUACAGCCGCCUCUCGUGGGAAUAAUCUCAUGCAAGACAACCACGUUAUCAGUAGCGUCAGGUUCAACCGCAUACAGGCAUACAGUCAUGUAAUUGAUGGAUGCCAGUUAUAAGCUGAGCUGUUCUGCUGCUGGAGAUCUUGACCGGAGUCGGGCCUCUUUUCCGAGAUUCAAAUCGUGGUGGGACCAAUUGACCGAGCUAAUCUGGUUAUCUCCGCAUUGUGGAGGAGCUGGCGGCCAGCACUGCAAAAUUCGAUCCUCAUAGCAAGCUGGUAUCCUCCAAUUCUUAGUGCCUGUCACAUAUUUAGUAAAUAAUAGAGCGGCCUUUUUCUUUCUCUUCUCUUCGUUCCUUCUUUUCUCUUCUUUGGCCCCAUUCCUAAUCAUUCUCUCGUAUCGAUCUCAUCACCCGUACAAAGCCAUUCAUCAUGGCGGACAGGAAACCCCUCUCUACCCAACAGGUUGUGGGACAUAACACCCCCAAUGACUGUUGGAUUGUGGUGGAUAAUCAUGUGUGGGAUGUGACAGACUUUUUGGAGGAACAUCCGGGUGGCUCUGCGAUCAUUCUGAAAUACGCAGGUCACGAUGCCACCAAGGCCUAUUCUGAGGUCCACACUCCCAGCGUUCUUAAGUCCAACCUCCCCUCAGACAAAUACAUGGGAGUCCUCGACGAGUCGACAAUCGACGACGAAUGGACCAAGCAACCACCGAGCGAGAAUCCACAGGUAGUUUUGGAGAACGAGAAGCCCCCGCUCCACACCCUGAUCAACUCGCACGACUUCGAGUUUGUCGCUUCAAAGACAGCCAGCAAGAAAGCCUGGGCGUUCUACCACAGUGCGGCAACAGAUCUUAUCACCCGGGAUGCCAACAAGUCCUGUUUCGACCGGAUAUGGUUCAGACCCCGAGUGUUGCGGAAUGUUCGCUCCGUCGAGCCAAAGACCACUAUGCUUGGAGUGGACUGUAGCUUCCCUCUAUUCGUGAGCCCGUCCGCGAUGGCCAAGCUUAUCCAUCCCGACGGGGAAUGUGCCAUCGCUAGGGCUUGCGCAAGCAAAGGCAUCAUGCAAGGAGUCUCGAACAAUUCCUCCUACACCGUAGACGAGCUCACAAACGCUGCCCCAUCCGCAAGCUUCUUCUUCCAGCUCUACGUCAACCGAGACCGCGAGAAGUCCGCCGCGCUCCUCCGCCAAUGCUCCGCCAACCCCAACAUCAAAGCGAUCUUCGUGACAGUCGACGCCGCCUGGCCCGGCAAGCGCGAGGCCGACGAGCGGGUGAAAGCCGACGAAAGCCUGUCAGUACCAAUGGCGCCGUCCACAGCGUCGAACGACAAGAAAGGCGGCGGCCUGGGUCGCGUCAUGGCCGGUUUCAUCGACCCGGGGCUCACAUGGGAGGAUCUAGCUUGGGUUCGGAAACACACGCAUCUCCCCGUGUGUCUGAAAGGCGUCAUGUCCGCGGACGACGCCAUGCUGGCCAUGCAAGCCGGGCUGGACGGCAUCUUGCUCAGUAACCAUGGCGGACGCAAUCUGGACACCAGUCCGCCUUCGAUCAUCACGCUCCUGGAACUCCACAAACGCUGCCCGGAGGUCUUUGACAAGAUGGAAGUAUACGUGGAUAGCGGCAUUCGUCGGGGUACCGACAUAUUGAAAGCUGUGUCUCUCGGCGCGACUGCCGUCGGCAUGGGACGCAGCAUGCUGUUCGCGACGAACUACGGCCAAGAGGGAGUGGAGCAUUUGAUUGACAUCAUGCGCGACGAAUUGGAAACCGCCAUGCGCAACACGGGCAUCACGACAUUAGACGAGGCCGGUCCGCACUUGGUCCACACAGGCGAUGUCGACCACCUUGUUCCUGACUCGGCGAGACAUCCUUAUGCGUAUAAGACUGCGAAGAGUAGACGCGUCUCGGGAAUUUCGAAGCUUUAAUUGCCUGCGUAUAUAUAUUUAUAUCUCUCUCUCUCUCUCUUCAUCACGUGCAGAGAAUCACGACUAUACACGGAAUUGGAUGCACAACGCUAUCAGCAUAGACCGAUAUAUGGUUCAGUAUAUAUAUGGUGAUUUCCGGCUCAAUAUAACCUCUAUGAUUGAGAUAGGCAUAUA